UGUGUAGGUUGAAUGGAUGAAACGAGAGAGAGAGCGGAGAGGUAUAGGCACGCUGUGAUACGGCCCUAUAUAUUUGCCGGCAGGACUAUCUUCCUUUUAAAGACAACCUCCUCCUUGCAUUGGUUUCCACUCAGUGAUGUCGCGUAUUUGUGUGGCGCACCUGUAAAGAGCGAGACAGGCAGAAGCCGGCUUUUUUAAUUAUUUGAUUCCUUUUAUUUCUUCUGUUCUUUUUUCCUUUUUCCCUUUUUUUGUUUCAUGCAUUUGCUUGAAAGGAAAUCAUUUCUGUGUUUUUGAUUUAAUAAAUAUUUAAUUUCCCUCAUUUUAUCUUGUUUGUGUUGGCUUUUUAUGUUUCCAAGUUUGAACUAAGACAGAGCGGAAUUCAUCAUUUUACGAGCUAUUGGCCAGGUGUUUUCAUUCAGAGAUUGUUUGCCCUAAAGGACGUCCAUAACUUUCAUUUAUAGAAACGACGGCAACUCCAAACUAACAUGGCAGUCAGACUGUGCGAUGUGGCUUCACUGCUUAGAAGUGGUUCGUGGGCGCCUGAGCCUUGGACUGGGGUAAUUGCUGCCAUGGAAACACAGCUGUCCAAUGGGCCAACUUGCAACAACACAAGCAACGGUCCUUCAACAAUCUCAAACAACUGCUCCUCGCCUGUAGAGUCAGGGAGCAUAGAGGACAGUAAAACUAACUUGAUAGUCAACUAUCUGCCUCAGAACAUGACCCAAGAGGAGCUGAAGAGUUUGUUCGGGAGCAUCGGAGAAAUUGAGUCCUGUAAACUAGUUCGAGACAAAAUCACAGGACAGAGCCUAGGCUAUGGAUUUGUGAAUUAUGUGGACCCGAAAGAUGCAGAAAAAGCCAUCAAUACUUUAAAUGGCUUGAGACUUCAGACCAAAACCAUCAAGGUUUCCUAUGCGCGUCCAAGCUCCGCCUCCAUCCGGGAUGCAAAUUUGUAUGUCAGCGGUUUGCCGAAAACCAUGACCCAGAAAGAGCUGGAGCAACUGUUCUCUCAGUAUGGACGCAUCAUUACCUCACGUAUCCUGGUGGACCAGGUGACCGGUGUCUCCAGAGGCGUCGGCUUCAUCCGCUUUGACCGGCGAGUCGAGGCCGAGGAAGCCAUCAAGGGUCUGAACUGCCAGAAACCACCUGGCGCCACCGAACCCAUCACGGUCAAGUUCGCCAACAACCCGAGCCAGAAGACGAGCCAGGCCCUGCUGUCCCAGCUGUAUCAGUCACCCAAUCGAAGGUACCCAGGACCCCUCGCACAGCAGGCACAGCGCUUCAGGUUGGACAAUCUGCUGAACAUGGCCUACGGAGUUAAAAGCCGGUUCUCCCCCAUGGCCAUCGACGGGGUGACGAGCCUGGCCGGUAUCAACAUCCCAGGCCACGCCGGGACCGGGUGGUGCAUCUUCGUGUACAACUUGGCCCCGGACGCCGACGAGAGCAUCCUGUGGCAGAUGUUCGGGCCGUUCGGCGCCGUCACAAACGUCAAGGUCAUCCGCGACUUCAACACAAACAAGUGCAAAGGAUUUGGUUUUGUCACCAUGACUAACUACGACGAGGCGGCCGUGGCCAUCGCCAGCUUGAACGGAUACCGACUGGGCGACCGGGUCCUGCAAGUGUCGUUUAAAACCAACAAAACGCACAAAGCCUAAAACCCACCGAAAUUGUUUGUGGAAAACUCAUCGGAAAGUGCAAACAAAAAUGGAAGCGAAUCAACCGUACCUUUCUACAUUAGUAAAAGCUUUGUAAAUCUGUUACGAAGAAAACGAUAUUUAGCGUCAAACGUGAAUUUUUUUUUCUUUUCAUUUUUUCUUUUUUUUUUUUUUGGUUUUUUUCCUUUCAUUGCUACGCUUUGAAUCUCCUCGGUAUACUUUAAAACAGAAAAAAAAAAAAAUCCUGCAGGUUUUUGUGCCUGUGAUGUUAAAUUCUCUUGCUGUCUUUACAGAUGGACCAUGGAAAACGUUACUAUAGGUUCCUGUCAUUUUGUUGCUCAUCUGCUUUGGAACAGUCAGUCUUGUACGGUUCUGUGUAGUGAUACUUUGAUUUCUUUCUUUCUUUGUAUUUUUCCGUGUCCUGAUUUGCCUUUAGUAGCGUCUUCAGUGGGUUAGCAAGUACUUAUUUGCGGUUUUGUUGAUUUGUAAGUAUUCCGUUUCUUGUAUUAUGAGUUGGUUCUUGGUUGGCUGCAUAACGUUGCUUAUUGUAAACUUAACGGAUAAAAGACAAAAAGAAAAAAAAAAUUCUUAAAGCAGUACCUUGCCAAAGAGCUAAGAACCUCUUUGAUGUGGGUUUAAAAAGCAUCUAUUUUUAUAAAAAGAAAAAUUUGGAGAAACUUUUUACUGGACCUGGAACAAAAUAUUUUGACUUGGAUACUUUGAGAAAUAUCUUCAUAUGACACCUUGUGAGCUUUUGAACUUUACAAGAAAGUUUGCAGUGGUUGAAAUUUCUGGAGAGAUUUAUGAUGUAAAAGAUACCUUUUGAGAUCUUUGUAUUAUCUUUAGAUUCUAGAAUCGAUGGCAGUGCUGGUUUCAUUUGUAAAAUCAUCCGUGGGUCCUCCUGUCAUUCUGGUUGUUUAGGACUAGAAAACUCGCUUUUCCCGUUGUUUGGUUUGGAAAACGGACAUUUAAAAAAACACACAC